AUGGUUCUGUUGAGACGGUCCUUCGGGUUAUGGAAGGGCUUCGAGGCGAUUGAGAGCUUUGAGUUCGGAGAUAAGAGCUAUGGUAUUUCCUCUUGGUACCCUCGAGGAAAGUACGGUUACCAGGCAUUGGAACCGUCCACAACAGCUUACCUGGGCAUGAACGGUGGUGAUGAGUCGGCCUAUGUAUCGCAAGGACAUAGGACUGAUGAUUACGAUGAUGAUGCAUGGUAUGCAAGCACCCCUGGUGAAGAUCAGAAUGAAGAAGGAUGGAAUGCCUGGACUGAAUUGCCAGGGCGGCCAGUCGGAUUCACAGCCCAUGAGGAAGAUCAGAUUGCUUCCGAUGAGGAAACCGCCGUGGCCCUGAAUGCAUUAGAAGAGUGUGACUUCGAGAACUUCCCGGACGCCACAGCCCAGGCUAUUCAGCUUCAGCGCGAUCGGAAGAAGCGACUUCAGGAAAUCAAAUCCCGAAGCAAGUGCCUGAAGUGUGGUCAAGUCGGUGAAGGUGGCAAGAAUGACUCCAAGUCGAGCCCGAAGCCAGGAACCAAGCAAGCAUUCAUGGCAAGCGCAGUCCCGGACUCUAGUGACAGCGAUGAUGAUCUCGAAUGUGUGGACAUCGACAGUGGAACGCAGCUCGAGACGCCAUGCCACCUGGAAGGGACCGUACCACUUGAUGAGAUGACAGCUGUAGCAGGGUCUGAUGGACAGCGAAUCGCCAUCCCGGCAGCGUCAGCCCACAAGGUUUGCGGCAAGGUAGAGAAGCAGAAGAAGAUGUUUGAGAAGAAAGAUCCGACAAGAUGCGCACAUGUCAACACCAGCAAACUGGGAUCUAAUCGUGCAACAGCCAAGACGUUCUGCAAGGAUUGUGGACAUGUGAUAGAUGAGAUGCCCCAAAAGGAGGCUCAGAGAAGACGACAGACAGCACAAGAGAUAGAGAGUACUACUUCGGCAUCUUUUGAUCGGAUUUCCAACAUCGCACGGAACGUUACGGAUGAGGUAACUUUGGAUGCCACGCAAACCGUGAGUCUGGAAGAGGAGUUCAGGUUGCAAGUCGAAGAUUACAUUGUGUCACAGACAGCAGACGGAACCUCAGAACCGACGGUGACGCCCAAAGAACUUCACAAGAUCCUCAACGACCACGACCUCCUGGAAGAAGUGAUAGUGAGUCAGGAAGCAGCAUCUUCAGUGCGCUCGUCGCCGGGCGACCGCCGGGCGAGCUGUCGUUGGCUGCACUGUCACGGGCAGCAGAAUCCGGAUCGCACGACCGGGGGACGAGUUCCCUUGGUCCUCGAGGAGGUUGACAUAUUCGACCAUGAGGAUGUCUUUGGAGUCCUUGACGAUGGGGCAAACAGUUCGGUUUGUAGCCGUAAGUGGUGUGAGAACGCCGAGAAGAAACUCCUGAAGUUGGGAUUCGAGCGAGGACGGACGCCUCCAACGAGAACCAAAGCCCUUUGCUCCCUGGACUUCAAGUGGAACCGAUUCACGCAUGAGGUGAAUGAGUUCAGACCGGAGAUGGUGCUUUACAAGACCUCAGAUCCUGACCCCAACAUGUGCAUCAACCUGAGCUUCUACGAUGCGGUAAUUUCCAUCGGUGAGGAGGCCUACCUGGAUGCAAGGUGGGUCGAUGAGGUUGAGGAAUUGGGAGUGCCCGAAGCGGGCGACGUGGAUGCAGACAUCCGUGAGCGGGGGUGGCUGGAAUCCCUCCCGCCGGGGGUCCCGAAGGCAGAGGCGAUUCUGAGAGCAGGAGGUGCCGCAGAGGAGUUCAUCGAGGAGAUAUAUCAGUGCUUCAACAUCGUCGAUCUCGCGACGGGUUUCCAGCAGCUGCUCCUGAGGGAAGUCACCAGAGAGAGUCAAGGCCCGCCCCCGGCGGAGAUGUGCUUAGAAGCAUUCCAACGGUGGCUCGCGUGGGCGGGUCUACCGCGUUGCAUCAUGGCGGAUCGGGGGUCGCAUAACCGCGGGUGCUUCAUGGGCUACCUGACGGGUAGAUGUGCGGUACGCCGCGACGGAGGCCCCUUGGAUGUUGGGCAAGGAGCAGAUGCCCUGCGGAGUGUCAUUCAAGAAGUCGCAUCCGUCAAAAACAUGACCAUGAAUGUUUCGGGAUUUUCACGUAGUCAGUGGGUGUUGGGUAGAAAUCCGAGAGGGCCAGGAACGUUGACGGAUGAACAAGCGUGGAAUGACAUUGGUGCCAUGGAAGGAAAGCUCAGUGGAGCAGAUGCGUUUGCUCUGAGGCAGAAGAGCCGCCUUGAGGCAAAGAAAGCCAUGGUCAAGCUUGACACGAGCCGUAGAACACAAAAGGCAUUGACCAAGAAUGCGGCACCAAUCAAGGAGCAGUACAAGACUGGAGACUAUGUGGUGUAUCGGAGAGACGCGCAAGCAGGUGGAACCAAGUGGAGCACUACCUCGAGAGUGAUUGGACAAGAGACUGCAGAAGCCAUAUGGGUUGUGAGUGGUGGUAUUCCCGUCUUGUGCUCGGUUCAUUCCAUGAGGCCAGCUUCGGAAGAGGAGGACCCAGAUCAGGUGCAUGCGACUCUUCCAUUCGAAGGUGAACGGUGGUCUAUUGGGAGUAGAGGUGUUUUGAAGUUCGGGGAUUGCGAAAGGGAUCAGCUCAGGGAUCUAGGUUUCAACUUGGACCCCAUCGCAUCGAUUGCGCCGAACAUCGCAAAAGUUGCUGAGCAGGAAUCCAGUUCAGGUGAAGAAGCUUCGCAGGAACCGAAGAGAGAGCUCAACGAGGCGAUGAGCCUGUGCACGAGCAAGGAUCAUUGGAAGGUCGGACAGAACAUGCAUGUCAGAGUGCACGUCGCGCCCCGUCGUUACAUGUAUGAGCCUAACUCGGACGAUUUCCCCGGUGAUCUCGACAAGAUCAGAUACACUAGAGAAGGGCAUCGCUAUUUUGAGGACGGUUCGAGUGAUGUGGUUCGUGAUGAGUGGGGAUUGGAUCCCGAUGCAUCUGGCUCACAUGGACAGGGUUCAGUCUUUUCCGCGUUCGGAGUGAGAGCCCUUUGGAUCUGUCAGGGUUUCCCGGCCCCGGAUACACCCGAGUUCCGAGCUUUCGUGGCAGAGAGGUCUGGUCCAGGAAGUGAUCAGCAAGCGGGAAAGAAACCCCGCAAGAUGAACGACUUCAAGUGCGAAGAUCACGUCAAGGAAGGCAUCAAGGGAGCCCGUAAGGAAGAAUGGGAAAAGUACCAGAGGUACAACGCAGCAAUACCAAUCCAAGGCGAGAUGUUGCAACAAUUGCUCAACGAAGGGCACAAGCCGAUCCCGAGCCAGUGGAUCGACGUUGACAAGAAUGAGCACCAGAAGGGGAGUGAGGACUACAGACCCAAGUAUCGCAGCCGACUUGUGGCGUGCGGACAUCUAGAACAUGUUGAUAGGAAUGAGCUUGAUUGUGAUAGUCCCACUGCCGAUGCUGAAGUUCAUUGUCUCAUCGCGAGCUAUGCAGCAUCAAGACGGUUGAAGCUGCGUUGUGGUGACAUUACCAGCGCUUAUUUUCAGGACUCCCAGGUUCCGGAGGAGGCUAUGCUUCUCUGCAGACUCCCAAUCUACGGGACCAUCGAUGCGGGAUGUGGUUUCUAUAACAGAUUGAGUUCAGAGGCCAAGGGCGAGGCGAUGAGUUGGAUUGCCCCAGGUUUGUAUUACUUACUUGGGUCGGACGGAUUGCCGGCUAUCAUCCUCGCAACUCACGUUGACAAUCUGUUAUGGUGUGCAACACCAGAAGGCACGGAAACUAUGGAGCGAAUUUUGGCAAAGUUCGAUGUUGGGAGGAUUGAGGACACAGACUUUCGUUUCUGUGGUCGGAGGUUCCGACAGGCCGAGGACUUCAGCGUGCGCAUUGACGCGGGGGACAACACGCGGCAGAUUCGAAAGAUCAACAUCCCAGCAGGACGCAAGGCCACGGAUCAUGCAACCGAGGCUGAGGAAGCUAACCGCGUGGCCGAGCUCGCCCAGGCGGACCAAGAUCGAUCGUUGUACUACCCG